AUGGUAGGGGACGCAUUAUCGUGGAGCGCUGGCUCUCUUAUCCUUUUUAUUGCUCUUAUUUUUUAUGUCCUGUACCAUAUCUUUAGGCCAUUUUGGAAAGCGAUGGUAAAUUGUUGGUUUUGCAAUGAGAAUGUUCGCGUCUCUUAUUGCAGUCAAAAAGCAUUUGUUUGUCCUAAGUGUGGGCAGUAUAACGGUUUCAAGGAAGAUGGCGAUUAUGAUCGAUUCAUUCCAGAGCAAAAAUACGAAUUUCUAAAUCCGAUUCCUAAAAAAAAGAUAAAUGGAAAUCGCGAAUCAAUCACUGCUAGUGGUUUAUGUCAAAGAUGCAACACGCAGCAGGCACGUAUUCAAUCACAAAUCAACAAAUUUGAACCUCGAAAUGAGGCAAAUUUCGAUGGCGAGUUCGAAGUAUAUAAAACACGUUUACAUAAGAGUUAUCCGCUUUGCAGUGAUUGUGAGCAGUUCGUGCAAAGAAAAUUGGAACUCGACAAGAAAUUUGGUUUAAAUCAACUACAGAUCAAUCGCACUGUUUCGGACCUUACUUCUACCCGUCAUCGACCGUCAUCUCAAAAAUACUUCUCUGAGAUCAGUGAAGUACCACGAGGUGGUCGCAGUCACCGAUGCCGUCGUGCAGCACUUUUUAAUUGUGGACCUGUCGCAAACUGUUUAAAUAUGAUCACAUUUUCUAUUUCUUGUUGUCUUUUCGUUGUUUAUUUACUGCAGCUACAGAAUAAUACUACUACUGCUUAUUUGUUCGACUUGAGUCAGUUGUUACCUUGUUAUGUGCUGUCUUCAUGGAUACCAUUUCUGAUGUUCCAUAUUACGAAGAUAAUUCUCCUCGGCCUCAGUUCACAUAUUACCUCAGUGAUUGUAAUGCAUGCUCGACGAUCCUUGCCUGAUAUCGUCUCAUUUUUUAUUUGGUGUGUAUUAUUAUUCCUAAAAAGUAAUGAAGGUGAAAAGCUGGAAUCGUUCCAUUCGCAGUUAAGUUUCGUGUCUAUACUAUGUAUAGUUUCAUUUGCUGUUGCAUUUUUUCCUCGAAAAUUAUUACAUCGGAAACGGCCAAACAGUAUCAUAAAAAGUGCAUUUUCAAUAGCAAGUACUCCGGUAUCGCAAUGUAGCACCUUGUCUGCUCAUACUGGUAGAAGUAUAUCGUUUUCGGGAAGUGUGCGAGAUAAAACUAUCUCAUCUCAAGAAUCAACGCCUGCGAAAGAAUUGGGACAGCUCUUCAAUUCCUUAUCACUUGGUGAUAAUUUGAGUUCUUGCUACAGAACACCAAUUUUGCAGCAACGGCGAGGUCCUUUCGAUUCUAUGAAAAAACCAGUAUUGGCAGAACCUCGUUUGCGAAUUCGUGAUACGCGAGAAGGAAUAUUUUUAGAUAAUGGAAUGCAUCUUCCUGGCUCACGCUACGUGAAAUCAUUUGCUCCGUCAACGAUAGCAUCAUUAAGUAUCACACCUGAUCCACCAAAAUUUACAUUGUUUAACAUCAUUUGUGUGCUGGGAAUGUUGUCAAGUUUAGCUUUGAAUGUUUUCAUGUUUUGCAAGCUAUUUUAUUCGACGAAAUCAUGAACAUCAUUAAUGUUUAUUAGGCAAUGAACUCUUACUGUUCACGUGUUAAAUUUCUAUGUUAGUGAGUGAUAGGCGAUAAAUGCUAUCGCAUAUUGUUGGCAUUAAAAGCAUUAUAUUAGGAAUUAAAGCGAAUGCGUGAUUAAAUUAAAUCAUAUUUAGUAUAUAAGACUAUAAGAGAUAUUGCAUUUAUCAGUUUUGAACUUCUCGGGUGCGUAAAUGCUCGGUAUUCCGUACCUUUUAGGUGUCUGGCAUUCACUUUCUUAAGUACUAUACUAUAAAGACUAGGCCAUGGUUUGUGUUUGUAUAUUUUCAUGUUGCGUUUUUCGACUAAGAUCCCAGUGAUUUCCUUUUAACGACUGUUAUUGUUUGUUGAUUAGUUUCAAUGUCAUUGCUCUGUUAUAUGGUUUUAUCUCUCUUGUUUGAAGAAAUAUUUGAGGAACUUGCUUACUUUUUUCUGGCUAGAAGUUUUUAACUGUCGAUGUGAAUCAAAUGGGUUGACAGAAUAAAUCUAAGAUAAGACAGAUGAUUAGAAUUCCUGGAUCAAUAAAUGAUCAUCAUACGGAGUUAGUGAGUGAUAUUGAUGUCAGUUUAAGUGAAAGGGAAUACAUAUUUGAGAAGGUCCGUGGUCUCACCUAUAUGAUGUUACCAAAAAU